UCACGUGAUUAGUGGAUGCUCUGAUCGGCUUGUCGGUGCGACAGCAGCUAAAAACAAGACGAACGAGAGGAUCACAGUUCGUGUUUGUUCGUUUCUCACGGAGGGAAACCUUCACCGUCACACCUUCCCUCAGGAGGGAAAUGUUCCAGUAGGACUCGUGUUUUUAUUUCUGACGCAUCGCCAUAAUGUCGGGGAACAGCCUGGUUCUACCCAUAGUGCUGUGGGGCCGCACGGCGCCCACGCACUGCAUCAGCAGCCUGCUGGUGAUGGACGACUUCAGCAGCAUCAUCACCGGCUGCCACGACGGACAGAUCUGCCUGUGGGACAUGACGCCCGGGCUGGAGAUUUGUCCCAGAGCCAUGUUGUUUGGUCACACAGCCUCCAUCACCUGUCUGUCUAAAGCCAGUACGUCCAGUGACAAGCAGUACAUCGUCAGUGCAUCGGAGAGUGGCGAGAUGUGUUUGUGGGACGUGAACGACGGACGCUGCAUCGAGUUCACCAAGCUCGCCUGCGCUCACACCGGCAUUCAGUUCUACCAGUUCACCAUUGGCACAGAGAGGGAGGGGCGUCUGCUCUGCAACGGCCACUACCCAGAAAUCCUCGUGGUGGACGCCACCAGCCUGGAGGUCCUGUACUCGCUGGUGUCCAAGAUCUCCCCCGACUGGAUCAGCUCCAUGAGCAUUAUCCGAUCCCACCGCACGCAAGAGGACACCGUGGUGGCCGUGUCAGUGACGGGGAUCCUGAAGGUCUGGAUCAUCACAGCCGAGGUCAGCAGGAUGCAGGACCUGGACCCAGUGUUUGAAGAGGAAUCCAAACCCAUCUACUGUCAGGGCUGUCAGAGUAUUUCCUUCUGCACCUUCACUCAGAGCAGCUUGCUGGUCGUCUGCUCCAAGUACUGGAGGGUGUUUGACGCAGGCGACUACUCGUUGCUCUGCUCGGUCCCCAGCGACACGGACCAGGGCUGGACCGGAGGAGAGUUCAUUGCCGCGGACAAAGUCAUCAUCUGGACCGAGGACGGCUGCAGCUACAUCUACAAGCUCCCGGCCAGUUGUCUGCCGGCCAGUGAACAUUUCCGCAGUGACGUCGGGAAAACCAAAGAGGGUUCGAUCCCUCCGCUGGUCUACAGCAUCGCCAGCCGCUCGGACCGACAGCUCUUGAUCUGUCCUCCGGUGACUCGGUUCUUCUUCGGCCGCCGGGAGCCAUUCCACAAGCUGCUGAUCCAGGGGGACUCAGCCGGCCGACUGUCUCUGUGGAGCAUCCCGGACAACUCGCCGCUGCAGCCCCUGUCGACUGCUGCCGAGCUGCAGGUGUCGUCCACCGUCAGUCUUCAGGAGGCGUUUGAUAAGUUGACCCCGGUGUCUGCGGGGAUCAUCGACCAACUCAGCGUCCUGCCCGGCAAAGAAGAACCCAUCAAGGUGACUGCGAGCGUGUACAUCCCGUCUCAGGGCCGGCUGGUGUGCGGCAGAGAAGACGGCAGCAUCAUCUUGGUUCCUGCCACUCAGACCGCCAUCGUUCAGCUGCUACAGGGGGAGCACAUGCUCCGGAGAGGCUGGCCUCCGCACCGCACGCUGCGCGGCCACCGGAACAAGGUGACAUGCGUCCUGUACCCGUACCAGAUCUCACCUCGCUACGACCAGCGCUCGCUCGUGUCCGGCGGCGUGGACUUCUCCGUCAUCGUCUGGGACAUUUUCACCGGCGAGAUGAAGCACAUCUUCUGCGUCCACGGAGGGGAGAUCACGCAGCUCAUCAUCCCGCCGGAGAACUGCAGCACUCGCGUGCAGCACUGCGUCUGCUCGGUGGCCAGCGACCACUCCGUCGGCCUACUGAGCCUCCGGGAGAGGAAGUGCAUCAUGCUGGCUUCGCGGCAUCUCUUCCCCAUCCAGGUCAUCAAGUGGCGCCCGGCUGACGACUACCUGGUCGUGGGCUGCUCCGACGGCUCCGUCUACGUCUGGCAGAUGGACACAGGAGCGUUGGACCGCUGCGUGAUGGGCAUAACAGCGGUGGAGAUCCUGAACGCCUGCGACGAGCUGGCGCCGGCCACCGUGGACGCGCUGAGCCACUCGGCGGUGAACCUGAAGCAGGCGAUGACCCGCCGCAGUCUGGCGGCGCUGAAGAACAUGGCCCAGCACAAGCUGCAGACGCUCGCCACCAACCUGCUGGCAGCGGACAACGCCGACAAGGGCAACCUGCCGAAGUACUCCCACAACGCCCUGGUGGUGCAGUCGAUGAAGACCAACCUGACGGACCCCGACAUGCACGUGCUCUUCUUCGACGUGGAGGCCGUGAUCAUCCAGCUGCUGACGGAGGAGGCGCAGAGGCCCAGCCCCACGCUGGUGUCGCCCGAGACCCUGCAGAAGAGUCAGGCGGGCGCCGACAAGGGCGGCUCCUUCCUGGCCAACAAGAUCUUCAAACAGGUGAAGGAGACGAUGAAGGAGACCAUCAAGGAGCACCUGCUGGACGAGGACGAGGAGGAGGAGGAGGAGAUGCGGCGGCGCGAGGAGAAGUCCAAGUCCCUGAGUCUGCUGGAGUACAACCUGACCAUGGACACGGCCAAGCUCUUCAUGUCCUGCCUCCACGCCUGGGGCCUGAACGAGCUGCUGGACGGCAUCUGUCUGGAGCGGCUGGGCAUGCUCCGACCACACUGCCCCAUCUCCUUCGGCCUGAUCUCCAGAGGAGGACACAUGUCCCUCAUGCUGCCCACGUUCAAGGAGUCCUUGCUCUACCAGUUGUCCCUAGCGACGGGCCGGAAGCUGACGCUGUCGGACAUCGUGGGGAAGGGCACGUACGGCGUGUCGAGGGCGGUCACCACGCAGCACCUGCUGUCCGUCAUCUCGCUGGCCAACACUCUGAUGGGCAUGACCAACGCCACCUUCGUCGGCGAGCACAUGAAGAAAGCACCUGCCAGGCCUCCCAGACCAGGAGGAACCCCGGAGUCUCCUCGCAGGACGCCAGCCGCCCCCCCCCAGCCCUCCUGCCCGGCACUACAGGCCCAGAUCAAACAAGCUGCUGUAGCUGCCGCAGCCAACACCAGCACUGCUGGGGCUCCGGGGGCCCCUGGGGGCCUUCCCCAGGGGGCCCCUGGUUCCCCCAGCCCCGGCCCUGCUUCUCAUAACAUCCCCUCAGUCAACGAAGGUUGGAGCCAGCUGGCAGCCAUGCACUGUGUGAUGCUCCCCGACCUCCUCGGCCUGGACAAGUUUAGACCACCGCUGCUGGAGAUGCUGGCGAGGAGAUGGCAGGACCGCUGUCUGGAGGUGCGAGAAGCAGCGCAAGCUCUUCUAUUGGCUGAGCUGAGAAGGAUCGGCCAAUCGGGACGCAAGGACACCAUCGACCUGUGGGCUCCCUACUUGCCUCAGUACGUGGACACAGUCAGCUCCCCCGGGUCGACUGCAGAGCCCUCCCCUCCGGCCCCGCCCCCUCCCGAGGCCCAGCCAGUCGAAACCAAGGCUCCCGAAGAGGAAAUGGACGUCACCGACGACGACAUCACCGCAGGUUGUCUGUCCAACCUCCCGCCGAACGCCAAGAAGAUCUCCAACUCGUACGAGGAGCGGCGCAAGCAGGCCACCGCCAUCGUGCUGCUGGGCGUCAUCGGGGCCGAGUUCGGCGCCGAGAUCGAGCCGCCCAAGGGCGCGGUACGGGCUCGAACCGGCGGGCAGGCGCCCGAGGGCUUCGGCCUGACGAGCGGAGGGUCGUCCAACUACUCGCUGGCCAGACACACGUGUAAGGCGCUGACCUUCCUGCUGCUGCAGCCCCCCAGCCCCAAGCUGCCCCCCCACAGCACCAUCCGCCGCACCGCCAUCGACCUGAUCGGCCGAGGCUUCACCGUCUGGGAGCCGUACAUGGACGUGUCGGCGGUGCUCAUGGGACUCCUGGAGCUGUGUGCCGACGCAGAGAAGCAGCUGGCCAAUAUCACCAUGGGAUUGCCUCUCAACCCUCCGGCGGACUCCGCUCGCUCCGCCCGCCACGCCCUCUCCCUCAUCGCCACCGCCCGGCCGCCCGCCUUCAUCACCACCAUCGCCAGAGAGGUUCAUCGGUUCAACGCGGCGCAGGCCAACUCUCAGUCGCAGCAGAACGUCCACACGUCCACGCUCGCCCGGGCCAAGACGGAGAUCCUGCGGGUCAUCGACAUCCUGAUCGAGAAGAUGCCCGGAGACGUCGUGGAUCUGCUGGUCGAGGUGAUGGACAUCAUCAUGUACUGUAUCGAAGGUUCUCUGGUGAAGAAGAAAGGUCUACAGGAGUGUUUCCCUGCCGUCUGCAAGUUCUACAUGGUUGGUUACUGCGACCGCAGCCACCGCAUCGCCGUCGGAGCUCGUCAGGGUUCAGUGGCUCUCUACGACGUUCGAACCGGAAAAUGUCAGAACAUCCACGGUCACAAAGGUCCAAUCACGUCCGUGUCUUUCGCCCCUGACGGACGUUACCUAGCAACGUACUCCAACGCUGACAGUCACAUCUCCUUCUGGCAGAUGAACACCAGCCUGCUCGGGAGCAUCGGGAUGCUGAAUUCGGCCCCGCAGCUCCGCUGCAUCAAGACGUACCAGGUUCCUCCGGUGCAGCCGGCGUCGCCGGGCUCCCAGAACCACCUGAAGCUCGCCCGCCUCAUCUGGACGUCCAACCGCAACGUCAUCCUGAUGGCCCACGACGGCAAGGAGCACCGCUUCAUGGUCUGAGACCAGAACCAGAGCCGCUGAUCUCGACCGCUGAUAGAAGCUGCGUCAUUUUAUUUAUGCAUUUUUUUCUCUCCGAGGCAGAAUCUGAAAAGAAAAGAUAGAUUCACUUUAUCUUUAGUAUCGUCCAGUGAAGUGAGUACGACUGAUUGUAGCUUUCACACAUUUUCAUUCAGAGGUUAUUUUCAAAACUAGUAUUCAGGUUUUGGACUGGUUUUGGUUUUGGUUUGUUUCCCAUCGUGAUAAUUGUGAGUGAACGCACCCUCGUGUGUUUAAAAGUCCGUGAUAUUGAGCCUUGUUUACAUUUCAAACGGCAAAUCAUGAGUUUACAGCUUCUCCUCAUUCCCAUUUUUUUUGCUGCGUGUCACAAAUCUCCUCUGUCGCCGGCCAUUUUGAGUCCUGACUGUCGCCUCCCUCUCCGAAAUUUGACUUCAUUUCAUUGCUUAUCAAGAUUAAUCAUUAUUUUUUUAGAUCUUUGAAAAGUUGCUGCAGGUGUUUGUGGAUUUUUUCUUAAAUGGGGCAGAGUUUUCUAAAGUAGUGUGGACGCCAAGUGUAAACGUAGCAAAACUAAAAUUAGAAUUAGUGUGGAUGUAGCUGUACUCACCCCUGAUAUGUAAAAAUUCCUAGAAGAACACAAACUAAAGUAAAUAUCUAUAACAUUUACACUGGAUGCUUCAUGACACAGUCAGAUGAAUCUGAUCUGAUUUAACUCACUUUUCUGAUUUCAGUCCAAAAUCCAAUUUUUCUUUUUCUUGCAACUCUUCUUCCAACGAUGUUGAAUAAUUUCACUCAUAUUAUUUCUGUCUCUCUCACAUUGUCAAAACUUUACCAGAGGUUUUUAUAAUUGAGAGAUAAACAACCUGCUUGUUUUCGUCCCUGGCUCGUGUUUUUCGUGGGGAUUUUACGUCUCUUUGCAGAUGACGACGCUUCAUAUAUGACAGAUCGAUUUGAGCUUGUUAAUUAUCCUGCUUCCUUCUGACUUGUGGGAGUUUAUGUCUAGAUAUUAAUGUGUACAUAUACAUACAUACAUAUAUAUAAAUAUAUAUCAUCAGAACUGAUGUGUAAUGUAGCCUGGUGUUAAUCUUGUACAGUGAGCGUCAAUCCUUGUUUUGUGUAUUUAUUGUGGCUAACGUGACGUAACGUCUGCCUGGCACCGACGACUUCUUCACAUCUAUGUCAAUUUAAAACAUCCGAGUUUGACAUUUUUAUUUACAUUCAUUUUCUUGUGAUAUUAAGAGUACCCCCCCAAAAAAUUUUGUUUCAAAAGAAAACUGUAACUCUUUGCUAAAAUGUUAAAAACAUUCCGGCGGUUGCGACGAGGCAGGAUGUUUCUCUUUAGCUGGGAAGCUGACCGCGCUCAUUGCUUCCCUUGAGAGGAAUGCUAACCUUUAAAAUGGCGUACAGUAAUCUGUUCAAAGAGAAACUGAACGUCUUGUUUUUAUCUCCUCAUCUCGCCUCGGUGAUGAAGAAGUUUAAACUCCAGGGUGCGACUCCUGUUUUUCCAGCUCAACUCUUUACAUGAAAACAUGUUUUUGCCGUAACUUUCUUUCUUUAAAAAGAGACACAGAUAUAUAUAUAUAUAUGUAUAUAUAUAUAUAUAUAUACACGAGUAUAUACAGUAUACAGAGAUUUAUAACGUGAAGAAUUAUUUACCUUGUGACUCGUUCAGAGUUUCAGGUUCAGGCACACUUCACUUGUCCGUCAGUCUUUUCCUUCCCUGCAGCUUCCUGUCAGUUUCAUUAGCGCUGUCAGAAAAGCUUCUCACACCGUCACACACCUGUAAACUGCAGCGUGUCAAAGCUUUUCACAAGUUCUUCCUCUCAUCCGAAAAAAAAAAAUACCCCCCACACACACAGAACACACGCGGCCGGGCUUCGGGCCGCCGGCUCCAGACAGCUUUGAGAUCUUUUUUUACGUUUUCUCCUCUUUCCGCUCUUAACAGUUUGGGAAAAUAUGUUUUUGGCGAACGUCUCUGGGGAGGAAGAGGUGAGAAAACUAAGGGGAAGAGUAAGUAACAGGAGGAAGAUAUCAGCUCAUCCAGCCAGAAAAAAGAAAAGAGAGGGUUCUGUGGCGAAGGUAGUGAACUGGACACGUCUCACAGAACCUUCUCCUUCAACAACAACGUGAAUCUGAACUGCAUCGGUUCGACAUUCGAUUUCCUCGUAAAAUGGAUCUAAGGAGGCGUGAAGAGUCAUUUAGACAAACAUCUUCUUCCUCCUUGUUUCCCUCUUUGUUUCCUGUGAAGUUAAACUUGUGAAGCAUCUUCCCGUUUCAUCGUGUGAUGAUCAGCUGAUUUUGUUUAGAAAAAAGCAACUCAAUCAAAUAUUAAUUGCUGAAUUUCACACUAGACACGAAAAGCUUUUGUUUUCUUAUUAAUUUUGUUUUUGAUGUGAUUAUAUAUAUUUAUUGUUCAGCGGUACAGUGAACUUAGUAUAGAUGUGUGUGUGUGUGUGUGUGUGUGUGUGUGUUUAGUGCAUGUAACACGGAUCAGGUUGAAUCUACAGUGCAUCAUAUAAACAACACGUGUUGUUGUUGUUGUUGUUGUUUGUGUCCAAUAAAGAUGAAAAUGAGACUCGUCA